ACUUUGGAAUUCCACUUAUGACCGGAUAUGGUGUUGGUUAUUGUGGUGCGCUUCUUCCUGCCUCCCACCCUCCAGUGCUAGCAAGGGGACUCGACUAGCCGGCUACAACAACUAAUUUGUCUUUAAUCUGUAGGCAGUAUCUAUUAUGAACUAAUAGAUUAGGGUUAUAUCGUUAUUGAGAGUUUCCGUAGGGCAGACAACAAACCAGCAGAGAAAAUGAACAUACGGAACGCGAGGCCGGAGGACCUCAUGAACAUGCAGCACUGUAACCUACUGUGUCUUCCAGAGAACUACCAGAUGAAAUACUACUUUUAUCACGGACUCUCCUGGCCUCAGCUGUCGUACAUUGCCGAGGACGAAAAUGGCAAAAUUGUGGGAUACGUGUUGGCAAAGAUGGAGGAAGACCCUGAUGAUGUUCCUCAUGGACACAUCACAUCCUUGGCUGUAAAGCGCUCUCACAGACGUCUGGGACUCGCUCAGAAGCUGAUGGAUCAGGCCAGCCGGGCCAUGAUAGAAAACUUCAAUGCUAAAUAUGUCUCACUUCAUGUUAGGAAAAGCAACCGGGCAGCCCUGCACCUGUACUCCAACACACUUAAAUUUCAGAUCAGUGAAGUGGAGCCUAAAUACUAUGCCGAUGGGGAAGAUGCCUAUGCCAUGAAGAGAGACCUGGCCCACAUGGCUGAUGAGGUGACUCUAAGAAAGCCUGGAUCUCGUGUGUCGGGUCAGGACCUGCCGCCCGGCCAGUCGGGCUCUGGAGACCAGGAGAGAGAGAGCGAGCGAGACAGCGGCGGAGAGAGCAAAGAGCUGAGUGAAGUCAGCGAGGCAACGGAAAGCACAGACGUCAAAGAUUCUUCCUCUGAUUCACAAUGACGCUGCGGCUUUAGACAUUUUUAAAUUCAUCGCUCCCUCUUCUUAUCUAUUUGACGCUGUUCUGACAGAAUCUGUGGAUUUGAAGAACAACUGUGACUGUUGGAGCGUCAUAGAUGUUUCAACAUCAUUUGGUUCUCUCCGGUCUUGAGUAAUAAACCAGGGAAUGACAACAGAUGAGAUGUUAUCAGACUAAAAUCUGUGCUGUUUUUUUUUUUGGAGUUUUAUUUGGAAUGUUGUCAUUUUAGAAGUUAUUUUACAAACGGCAUCCGCUCCUCAGUGAAUAAUAACAUCAGUCAAUACAGAAAAGGUCCAAAUAAAUCUUUUCAGAUAA